AUGAAGGAAUCUACCGAAGGGGGUCAACCGGAGGAAGAAUCUACCAAGGAGGAAUUUACCAAAGAGGAAUCUGCCAAAGAAGGAUCUACUGAAGGAGGAAUCUACCGAAAAAAUCUGCCGAAAGAGAAAUUUAGCAGGGAGGAAUUUACCAAAGAGGAAUCUACUGAAGGAGAAAUCUACCCGAAAGAGGAAUCUACCAUCUUACCGUUUCAUAUUUCUAUUUUCAUUCAUUCUUUCUAA